GGGGCAGAGCGGAGCCGCAGACGCAAACGCGCGGCGGUAUAAAUAGCCUCCACGCCCUCCUCCCACAAAUCCACCCCGAGUUCGAUUGACCCGUUCAUCUUCCGCCGAUUCGGAGCUCAUAGAAGUCGUGAACUAGAGAGAGAGAUCUGUUAAGCACCAGCAGCAGCAAUGGCGGCCGUGCUGAGGAGAGCCGUGGCGCAGCGCUGCGCGUCGUCGCCGGCGGCGGCGUAUGGGCUCCGGCGGCUCCUGCAGGAGCAGACGGCGUUCCGGCCCGCCGUGCCGCCCGACCGGUUCAUGCCCCUGGCCGACCGGAUCCGGGACCUAGGGGUCGGGUUCGCGUUCCCGCGGAUCAACCUCGACGGCCUCGUGCCGCCCGCGGCGCCGCCACCGACGGCUGCGCGAGCGGCGGCGGCGGCGGCGGCGGCACCGGCGGCGAGCCUGACGGUAGAGGAGGCGCGGAAGGUGCUGCGGGCCACGCAGAUGGAGGCGGCGCGCGCGCGGCUGCGUGCCUCCGGCGCCGGCGCCGUGCCGUACGCCGAGUACCUGCGCCUCUGCUGCGACGCCGCCGGGCCGGACGCGGGACCUUCCGUCGCGCGUGCGCUCGACGAGUCCGGAUCGGUCAUCGUGCUCGGCAAGACCGUCUUCCUCAGGCCCGAUAUGGUGGUCAAAGCAAUCGAGAAGGCCAUACCCGUCCGGCAAACUGCAUCUGUCACCGAGAAUGACCAGGCAAGGGAAGAGCUGAAGGCCAUGGAGGCGCAGAAGGCAGACAUCGACCGCGCCGCGGCGUCCCUGGUGCGCCGGGAGCUGUGGUGCGGGCUGGCGUACCUGGUCAUCCAGACGGGCGGUUUCAUGCGGCUCACGUUCUGGGAGCUGUCGUGGGACGUGAUGGAGCCCAUCUGCUUCUACGUGACGUCCAUGUACUUCAUGGCCGGCUAUGCCUUCUUCCUCCGGACCAAGAAGGAGCCGUCGUUCGAAGGCUUCUUCGAGAGCCGGUUCGCGGCCAAGCAGAAGCGCCUGAUGCAGGCCCGGGAUUUUGACCUCCGCCGGUACGACGAGCUCCGGCGAGCCUGCGGCCUGCUGCCGGCGCUCCAGGCCCCGAGCGCCUGCGCUCAGUCGUCGUUGCAACCGCAGGAGAGCGGCCAUUGCCAUUCUUACUGCCAUUGUCAUUGAUCUGUUAUUUUCAUUUUUUUUUUCAUGCCCAUUUUGUGGGGAUGAUUCGUGUACCGUUCUGAUGCGGAUGCAAAAACAUAAUCAUUGAAGAGAUGACGAGCAAAAUUUAAACUUGAAA